GGUCUAUCUAUCUUCAGCUUUAUAGGUUCCAUGACUUCAGGUAGUUUGUUGCUAAUUAUAAGUGGAACCAAACAUCAGCUCAAAAGAUGUCGUUGGAAGUCGCUAGAGUCGAGCGCAAACCCGGCACGUCAAUUGUCAAUUUGUUGUUUCCAGGUUAGGCCAUAGUGGCUAUAACGUCCCGCAUGUACUCCUCAUAACCCCGACAUCCGCCGACGUCAUGCGCCCCAAAAGCCGAAGGCUCCAUGUAUGUACUAUGAUGUGCUUCCCCGGCUUCCUAUCGUGAAACGAGCUUUGUACAUCGUAGGCCAAGGAAGGAAUCUUGAAUACCGAGAAAUUCUUCCUAUCAUAUAUAUCCCUGGUCACCAUGGCGGAAUUCAUGAGAGCAGUUGAUAUCAAGGGAGGCAAGGGCCACUCCGAUGCGCUGUUCAUCAACGAGAGAACCCCCAAGCCCACGGCCGCUUCCGGGCAGGCCAUUGUCAAGAUUAAAGCGUUCGGGCUCAAUCGCAUGGACCUGAUCCAACGGGAAGGCCACUACCCACUCCCACCCCAGGCGCCCGCGACCCUAGGCGUCGAGUUCAGCGGGACCAUCGAGUCCUUCGGGCCGGGCGAGCACGGCAGCUUCAAGCGGGGGGACGAGGUCUUCGGCCUCGCCUACGGGGGCGCCUAUGCCGAGUACAUCGCCGUCAGCUCCAAGAUGCUCCUGCACAAGCCGGCGCACCUCAGCUUUGAGCAGGCCGCCGGCAUCCCUGAGACGUGGAUCACGGCCACGCAAGCCCUCCACUUUGUGGGUCAGGUGGCGAAGGGCGAGGCCGUUCUGUGGCACGCCGGCGCAUCCGGCGUCUCCAUCGCCGGCAUCCAGCUGUCCAGGAGGGCCGGCGCCUCGCAGAUUUACGCGACGGCGGGCUCCAAGGAGAAGUGCGACUUCGUUGUCGGUGAACUGGGUGCCACGGCUGCCUUCAACUACAAGGAGCAGGACUGGUCCCAGGAGAUCCUGAAGCUGACUGAUGGCAAGGGGGUCGACGUGGUGGUCGACUUCAUUGGCGCGAACUAUCUCCAACAUAAUCUGAACGUGGCAGCCAGGGACGGCCGGAUUGUCUGUCUAGGCAUGAUGGGCGGCUCCCAGGUGAGCAACCUCGACAUCAGGCCGAUCUUGGGCAAGCGAAUCCGCAUCGAGGGCAGCACCUUGAGGAGUCGAGAUGAAAACUACCAAGGAAGACUACGUGACAAACUCGAGGAGUACCUGCCGCUAUUUGAGAGCGGAGAGUUCAAGAUAUUCGUAGACACAGUUUUGCCCUGGGAGGAGAUCCAGAAGGCACACCAAUUGAUGGAGGGAAGCAAGACAAUGGGAAAGAUCAUCUGCACAAUUAGCUAGGGUCCAUUACAAUGACCACCUCUGCGAUUGAUGAUAGAAUAGGUAUUGUGCCCAGGACUGCAUAAAUUCAAAGCCUAACCUCGAACGCCGUACUGUUCC